CCCGUUCCUGCAGAGCAAGAGGGGAAGGUGUGCGACCCGCUGUGCUCUGCUGAUGGCUGCUGGGGGCCCGGCCCUGCGCAGUGCCUGUCCUGCCGGCACUACAGCCGGCGUGGGGUCUGCGUGGAGUCCUGCAGCUUCACCCAGGGCGAGACACGGGAGUUCGCAGAAGGGACCGAAUGCUUCGAGUGCCACCCGGAAUGCGAGCGCGUGGAGGGCGGCAUCACCUGCAACGGCUCAGGCGCUGACACCUGCACCCGCUGUGCCCAUUAUCGUGAUGGACCCCACUGUGUGGAGCGCUGCCCCGAGGGCAUCCUGGGCGAGCGCGGCCCCAUCUACAAAUACCCAGACAGCAGCCGGGAGUGUCGGCCCUGCCAUGAGAACUGCACCCGUGGGUGCACAGGGCCGUUGCUGCGGGACUGUCUGGGGGAUGCACUGCCCAGUGCCAGGAGAGCCCCCACGGUGAUCGCGGUGCUGGUGGUCGGGGGGCUCUUCCUCUCCUGCUCCUGCGUCCUGCUCUCCCUGCUCUAUUGGCGCGGCAAGAAGAUCCAGAAGAAGCGGGCGAUGCGGCGCUACCUGGAGCGGGGUGAGAGCCUGGAGCCGCUGGACCCCAGUGAGAAGGCCAACAAGGUGCUGGCCCGCAUCUUCAAGGAGACGGAGCUGAAGCGGCUGAAGGUGUUGGGCUCGGGCGUGUUUGGCACCGUGCACAAGGGCAUUUGGAUCCCGGAUGGUGACUCCAUCAAGAUCCCAGUGAGCAUCAAGGUGAUCCAGGACUGGAGCGGGCAGCAGUCCUUUCACGCUGUCACCGACCACAUGUUGGCCAUUGGCAGCCUGGACCACGCUUACAUCGUACGGCUGCUGGGCAUCUGCCCCGGCCCCCAGCUGCAGUUGGUGACGCAGCUGCUGCCGCUGGGCUCAUUGCUCGACUACGUGCGCAAGAACCGCGGCAGCAUCAGCCCGCAGCUGCUGCUCAACUGGUGUGUGCAGGUGGCCAAGGGGAUGUAUUACCUGGAGGAGCACCGCAUGGUGCACCGCAACCUGGCGGCGCGCAACGUGCUGCUCAAGUCGCCCAGCCAGGCGCAGGUGGCCGACUUUGGCAUUGCUGAUCUGCUCUACCCUGAUGACAAGAAGUACUUCUACAACGAGGUCAAGGUGGGACCUCGCGUCGCUGCAGCUCUGUGUCCCCAAACCCUGUGCCACGGGUCCCCCCCGCCUCUGCAUGUGCCCCCCCCCAAUCCCAUCCCAUAGAGCUGUUCCCAUCUG